AUGAAGUUCAUCGAGCUGGUAUCCAAGUUACCUCGCAUCUCCGUUUCCAUGAUGUUUGCGUAUGGCUCUGGUGUUGUUCACCAAACUGGAGAAAUCAUGAGCAAAAAUAUGAUUGAUUUCAUUGUGGCCGUCGAUGAUCCACUUGCAUGGCAUAAGGAAAAUCUUCGACGCAAUUCGGCACAUUAUUCUUUCAUGAAAGUUUUUGGACCUAGCUAUAUUUCGAAGUUUCAAACUCGUUACGCUGCCAAACUUUACUGCAAUACGAUGGUGAACGUUAAUGGUCACCUGAUAAAAUACAGUGUCAUAUCUACUGCAGACCUAAUAUCGGAUCUGUUACACUGGGAAACGCUUUACGUUAGUGGUCGACUGCAUAAACCUGUAUAUUUUAUGGUUCCUGUUCAAGGAUCACACAUGGAAAAGGCAUGCGAAGUAAAUAUCCAAAACGCCUGUCAUGCUGCCUUGUUGCUGCUUCCUGAAAGUUUCUCGUUUGAAGAUUUUUGUAUCAAAGUUUCAUCCCUGUCGUACAUGGGAGAUUUUCGUAUGAUAAUUGGUGAAAAUAAGUCAAAAAUACACAACAUUGUCAAGCCAAACAUUGAUCGUUUCGCUGAAAUUUAUUUGCCAGUGCUCGAUCAGAUUUCUGCUCAAGUUUAUUUGGAUCGUAGUCAUUUCAGCUUUAAGCAAGAUUUGUCACCAGUAUCUAUAUAUCAUCAUAUGGAACUUUUGCCGAAGCAGGUUUUGUUGCAUCUGCAAGCUGAAUGCAACAAAGAUGGGCGUAACAGAGAUCUAGAAGAAGUGAGUUUUGUCCUAUCGAAGGACUUUGAGUAUAUGUCAGUUAUAAGGAAGGCACUAUGUUAUAUUGUAGUUCGUUCUAGUUUAAGUCAAACUUUCAAAAACAUUUUUUCAGCCGGCAUUGUCAAGACAGUGUCGUACUCAUUUCGUAAAAUGAAGAAAAUGUUUACUGGUCCAAAUGACUCUGUGAAUCGCUGA